AUGGCACUUUGGCCCCGUAACCUAACGCCCGAUCUAUCCUCUGUGGCCCUCGCGACUGACCUCGAGGCAGGCCUUCUAUCACAAGCCUCUUCCUCUUACACACCUACCACACAUGAUCGACACACACGCACACACCUCAGGUCCAUUGCACAGGCCUGCCUCAUGCACUCUGAGUGUCGAACGCUCGUAAUCUCACAAGUCGCAUAUAGGCCACGGCUUGGAUCCAGCAGACUCAGGUCACGACCUUCACUCCCUCAAAGUGUUUGGGAGGAAGAAGUCCUGACAAUCUAUCGCACCAGUCAUCAACGUUUGCGCGUUUUCGUAACGAAUCGCCGGUGCAAAGCCCCAAACCUCGGGGCUCCGACACCCAAAAGGCUCUCAUUCUGUUGCAGCGUGAUGAAUUUAACAGAACCACCACCUCUUCGUUCAUUGCCACUGCAUCUGCUUCUGUGUCAUCUUCAUGUCGAUUGGACCUGCAUGUAA